GUUUGUUUUCACCUACAGACCAUACUAAAAACGUCGAUAGUCACGCAGAAGAAGAGGAGAAAAAUACGUUUAUGGUGAAACAUACACACAACCACAUACGCACAUAUGAACGCGUUGACGAGAGUCAGAAUGUACAAAAGCAACAGCAAUAACAACAACAAAAUAACGAAGAAAAACACACAACAUAAACGAACGAGAAGAAACAGGCCGAAAAGUUCUCCAUUUUUAGUGGCGUAUACGCAUACAUCAGCAUAACUCUCUCGCAUGACAAGACGACGGGAGUGAACGCAGAGUGAAUAAAAACAACAUAUUAAACAUAUUUCAUAUUUGUAUAAAUAAUUCUUUUUCAUCUAAAAAGUGUUUUAUUGAUUUCAAUUCGAAUACGAAACAAAGAUAACAUUAAUAAACCGUGCAACUUUUAUCACAUAUCCGUUUGGUAUAUAGUUUUUCUUUAUAUUAUUUUGUAUCAAAAAGAAUCUGUUUUUAAAAGCAUUUUUUUUUGUGAGUGUGUUUUAAUUGCAACGCGAACGGAAAAGGCAAACUUCAGUGGACAAAAAAGUCAUUCUUUAUUCGUAUGUGAUUUUGUGUCCGUGUAUGUGAACUAUAGCUGCUAUUUUUUUUUCUUACUAUUCAUUAUUUCAUCAGUUCAUUCGUCUUGAAAAUACGCAUACACAAAUUUGUAUUGAUUGAAUGAAAAAAAAAAACGUAGCAAAAAAAUCAAACACAGGAGGAAGAUACCAGUGAGUAGAUACGCAAAGCAACGUGGAACGGACGGCACUCUGAAUAUGUCUGAUUGAAAAGUGAAAUGCAAACCAAUAAAAGAAAAUUGAAUUGAAGUGAAAUGAAAAUGACAUCCAUCCAAGUGUAUUUGUUCGCUCGAAAAUAUAUUUUGAAAAUAUGAUACAACAUAUUCGUUAUAUUUUAAUAAUAUGAAAAUUCUUUUUAUUAAGUGCGCGUGUGAAUAACAGUGGUACGCGUAUGGAAAAAUAACCAAAGCCAAAAAAAAGAGAACGAAACAAUUCAAUAUAUAUUUUAAGUGCAAAAUAAGAGUGCAACGAACACUGUAAUAUUUAUAUCGGCGAUCGUUUUCCACUCAACCAUCUUCCAUUCAUCAAUAAUAGUAACAAAUACACAACGAGCCAGGUGAAAUCGUGUCAAAAUGUUGAUAAAAUUGAACACUUUUUAAAUAACAACGCAAUUUUAUUCUAAAUGGAGGAUUUAAAGCAUUCCACGACUAAAUUAAAGCAAACGGAUUACGAGGAAACUGAGUAUAGUUCAAAUGAGUAAUAUCCACAAAACGUUCAUAAUAUCCUCUCAAUAUCAACAUCGGAGCAAACAAAGAAAUUAAAAAAAUAAUAAUAAUAAUUUGUGCUUAAAAUCGAAUUGAAAACAAAAAAUCAAAAUGAAACUUCAAAUGUGUAAAAGUGUUGGAUCAUUCAUUGACGAUCGAAUGAAUUAAGAGAGUAUUCUGACUUAUUUACAAUGCAAAUGCAAUUCUGAUUCAAUUCUGAUCGAACUGGAGCUAGUGAUAAUCUGAAUUGAUAAAAGAAGCGAUGUUAAAACAUUAUUAUGUAUCACCGAAAAAACGUUCGAAAUCGCAAAGCUCGGAAGCGAGUGACGGCAGCGACACGGCAACAUCUUGCAUCGAACAUCAUGAGUAUUUAACUGAUUUUAUGCGAGCGACGAAAAAUAUUUCACGAAAAGCUUUUCACAGUUUUCAUGAGAUAACCUCGAGUGAGCCAAAUGUCAGCAUUGCAUCGUCGCACACCAUACAGGCGUCGGUGGUACUAUCGGCAUCGGCCGAUCCAUCACAGCAUGAUCAUGAAAAUUCACACAGUUCAGAGAAUACGACACCGAUUCAAACACCACAAAAAUCCUAUGAGACGCGUUUAACCCGUAUGAGAUUGGCGCAUGCAUUCAGCACUGCGGUAACAUACAGUCGAAGUCGUUUCGCCCAUUUGCCAUCUGGAACCAGUUUUUGUUCAACUCACAUUGGCGCUCAUGGCAUCGGGAACGCAGAACCAACAAGUACAUCAGGACUGACGCCACCGGUUCGUCGAUGGAAUUCAUUCCAUUCAACACGCGGUGAAUGUCAUCCAAAUAAAUUUCGCCGAGAACGAAAAUCUACAUCACCCUCAAUUGUUAUAAGCAGAAGGAAUGGUGAUGGUUUUCGUCAGCUCAGUGAGUGUUUUGUUUCCGAAACACAGGAGAUACUAGCUACAGACGAAUCAGAAAUAGGUAGUGUAGCAGCAGAAGCCGCAUCCAAAAUCGACGAUUUGAUUCGACACGAUAACAACGACGAAGAAAUUGAAGACGUCGAAGAUAUCGAUGCAAUAAUUGGUGUCGCAAUUCCCAAACCGAAAAUUAUGGAUCCCCCGCUUCAUCAUACGCUGCACUCAUCACAGACAGCUCUAUCGGCAAAUGUCAAGCGGUUUGGCAGCGGCCGACCAGAAUUAUACCAAAAUCAAAAGUGCAAUCGUGGCUCUCAUUCAAGUGACACAAGUUCAGCAUAUAGUGGGUCCGACACAAUGACAUCUGUACAUAGCUCGUCACUAGAUGCCGAUGAGGUGGAUCUCUCUGGCUUAGUCGAAUCGGUCGUCGAUUCCGAUGAGGAAGACUUGGCAGAAAGCAUGGAUAGUUUGGCAGUACGUGAUACGGUUCGCGAGUGUUUGGAAAAAGAUCCAACCGAUCGAACAGAAGAAGAUAUAGAAACUUUGCUUGAAUUUACAAAAAAUCUGCAGGCAUUCACAAAUAUGACAUUAGCUGUAAGAAGAGCAUUGUGCUCGGUAAUGGUGUUUGCCGUCGUAGAAAAAGCGGGUACAACGGUGAUGAAUGAUGGCGAAGAGCUGGAUUCGUGGAGUGUGCUCAUCAAUGGUCAUGUCGAAGUUGAAUAUGCAAAUGGCGAAACGGAUGAGCUUCAAGUCGGUGAUAGCUUUGGCAUAUUGCCAACAAUGGACAAAUUAUAUCAUAAAGGUGUUAUGAAAACAAAAUGCGACGAUUGUCAGUUUGUGUGCAUCACACAAACCGAUUAUUAUCGCAUUCAACAUCAAGGUGAAGAAAAUACAAAACGCCACGAAGAAAAUGGACAAUUAGUUAUGGUAACUGAAUUACGGCAUGGUACUAUGGAAGGCAAUGUACGUCGAGGACACGUGGUAAUUCGGGGAACACCGGAACGUUUAAUGGUUCAAUUAAUUGAAGAAAACUCAAUGACAGAUCCAACGUAUGUGGAGGACUUCUUGUUGACGCAUCGCACAUUUAUCACAUGCUCGCAGAAUGUGUUGCGACAGUUGUUGCAAUGGUUUGAAAGUGAAUCAACGCUGCCGUCUCAAACGACCGCCUCACCAGUACAAAUACGUGAUCGUGUAACACGUGUGAUUUUGUUAUGGGUCAACAAUCACUUUACGGAUUUCGAAACUGAUCCACAUAUGAUGAAAUAUUUGGAACAAUUCGAAAGUGGACUGGAAAGUAAAAAUAUGCAUGACCAAAUUCAUUUGUUGCAUAUUGCAUGUGCGGCAAAGGCUCGAACAAGAGUCGUUACAUUGGCACGAUCCUCACGUGACGAAGACUUACACUUCAGUAUUAUUGGCGGCUAUGAGAAGGGUGGCUGUGGCAUUUUCAUAUCAAAUGUUGACAAGAAAACAAAACCCGAAGAUGUCGGAUUGAAACGUGGUGAUCAAAUUCUUGAAGUGAAUGGCAACAGUUUUGAACACAUGAAAUUGGCACGUGCACUUGAAUUAAUGACUGGCACAACACAUUUGUGUAUAACGGUUAAAAGUAAUUUACUGGCAUUCAAAGAAAUGCUACAAACACCCGACAACAAUUCACCACGACCGAGAUCCGGUCGACGAACGGUUGCUUCCUCCGAAUUGGCACGAUUGCAUUCGCAGAAUAGUCAACGUGUGCGGUUAUCAUCCGCCGACCUUCUGACAAGCUCAACACCAUUCGAUCAAACCGAUCAUGUUUCCGCAACAAAUAGCGAUUCAACAUCAGUGCACAUGCCAUUCUCAUCAAAUCUUCCACCAACAGCGGCGAAAAAAGAUUCGGCCACGUCCAUAUCAUCAUCACACAUAGCACCACCGUCAUCUGCAAGCAAAUCGGGUUUCAUGACCCUUGGGCCAAAACGUCGCCUCCAAAAAGCACUCAUCAAAAUGAAUCUGUAUCCGAAAAAUUCCAGUGCCGCUCUGCUCCUCGAUACAGAUGACCAAGAAACACAAUCAGCUAGCUCAUCGCCCAUUUCCACAACAUCGCCGUCAAAUGGUCCAGCCACAACAAUAACAACACCAACUCCAACCGGUUCAAUUGGAUCAAAUUGUUCGAUUGCAACGUCAACAACAUCAUCACAUACGGGUGAUUCAGCAUCAUUGGCCAAUGUUAGUGCGACAAAUAAAACGAGCGGCAGCAAUUUAUACCAUUCGCAAAGUAAUCCUGACCUAACCACAAUCUAUUAUGAAGAUUUGCGUGCAUCGGAUUAUCCAGAGCAUGUGCUUAAAGUAUAUAAGGCCGAUCAGAGCUGUAAAUAUUUGUUGGUGCAUAAAGAAACCACAGCCCAUGAAGUAGUUAUGUUGGCACUACAAGAGUUUGGCAUCCAUGAGACUAGUUCGAAUUUUUCAUUGUGUGAAGUAUCUGUCGGCGAAGGUGGUAUGAUAAAACAACGUCGAUUGCCCGAUCAACUGCCAAAUUUGGCCGAACGAAUUGGUUUAUCGGCCCGAUAUUACCUGAAAACAAACGGUAUUACGGAAACACUUGUACCUGAUGACAUGGCACCAGAACUUGUUCGCGAAUCGGCCGUUUAUUUUUUACAAUUGAAUGCCAAUGAGGUGGCCAUUCAGCUCACCGUUCAAGAUUAUGCAAUAUUCCGGCAAAUCGAAUCGACCGAGUAUGUUGAUGAUUUGUUUGAAAUACAGAGCAACUACGGUGUGCCAAUGUUGAAAAAAUUCUCCGAACUAGUCAAUAAAGAAAUGUUUUGGGUUGUAACCGAAGUGUGUAGUGAAUAUAAUAUGGUUAGGCGAAUGAAAAUUGUUAAGCAAUUCAUUAAAAUUGCCAGACAUUGCAAAGAAUGCCAAAAUUUUAAUUCAAUGUUUGCAAUAUUGUCGGGACUGGGUCAUGCGGCUGUGUCGCGAUUACGUCUCACAUGGGAAAAAUUGCCAUCAAAAUACCAAAAGCUAUUUAACGAUUUGCAAGAACUUAUGGAUCCAUCACGAAAUAUGUCGAAAUAUCGCCAACUUGUGUUGACUGAACUAAACGAACAACAUCCAAUCAUUCCAUUUUAUCCCGUUGUUAAAAAGGAUCUGACAUUCAUUCAUUUGGGCAAUGACACAUAUGUAGAGUCGCUAGUGAACUUUGAAAAAUUACGUAUGAUCGCCAAAGAAAUACGGAGUUUAACGUACAUGUGCAGUUCACCAUACGAUCUACUUACAAUGCUUGAAAUGAGAGGACAACCGCCGAGCGCUGCAAUGGUUGCACUUAAUCAAAUGGUACACAAUGUGCAAAAUAUACAUCCACAAAAAUCACAUACGCAUUCGCAUACACAUAGCAGUGGAAUGUCUGCUUUGGCAUCAACAUUGGGCGCAUUGGCUGUGAGUGCCUCUGGACAAGCUACAGUGAAAAGAAGGAAGAAGUCGGCAGCUGCACCAAAUCCAAAGAAAAUGUUCGAAGAAGCGCAAAUGGUGCGACGCGUUAAAGCUUAUUUGAAUAACAUAAAAGUGAUAACAGACGAAGACAAUCUGCAUCAAUUGUCAUUAGAGUGUGAGCAAAGCGGUGGUUCUGCGCCUAGUUCUGUGACGAUACGAAAACGUCAUCCGUCACCAACAUUGUCUACGACCAGCUCCACAAGCUCAACCAGUGAAGGCAAAAAAGUUCAAAUGGCUGGCGGUGUGUCCAUCAUUACAAAUAACGAUCCACAUGAUCGUCGACCGCCAAAGUUUGGGGCCGCAUCACCACAGGCCGUUAAAAAGCUUUUGUCGUUAUCUGAACAAACGAAGACUCGACCGCACCAACCUCGACACUUUAACAACUUGAUGACACAUGUUGGAACUGGCAACACAACAAACACUUUUGGAAUGUGUGCCAAUACAACAACAUCGAUUGGCUUGGUAGCCGCUGAUACAACUCUUCGUCAAUCGUCAGGAUUACCAUCACUUUAUUAUCAUCACAAUUCUGGUUUACCAACACUAUCAUCUAGUCCAUCGCCAACACCUUCGCCAAAUGCUCUUCGAACACAGAGUUCAGUACCGUAUUCUGCGCACAAUUAUGGUUUUGGAAAUCAAACGACGAACGUUUGUGCCAACAAUACUGGAAUCGCAUGUUUACCAACACGUGCUGUACACGAACGAUCACAUUCCGAUGGAACAACGGCACCAUUACCAUCAGUUGAUCUGUCUAUGGAGAGCAGUAGUGUCACGUCACUGAGCAAUUUACCACUUCGAAAACAUCCCAUAACAGGCUCAUUAACAUCAAAUGAUAGUGGACAUGGAUCAUACAUUCCGAGUGGAAGUGGCAGUGGUGCCGUCAGUGAUUUUCAUUCCGAUAACUUUAACGGCAGCAGUAACAAUGGUGGUGGUCUUUAUCAAGUUGCAUGUUCUAUUGUUCACAAUUCACCAUCCCCGAUAACAUCAAAUGAUCGUUUCCAUCCGCAACGACGUCAUUCUGCUAUAUCGCACGCAUAUCCAGCGCACAAUGUUGGAAUCAAUGGACCACAUUUAUUACCAAAUAAUGCACCACAUGUCAAAACCUGUACAAAUCUGAUAGCUGGAAGCGGGAACGGUGCAAUAAAUAGUGCCGGCGUGGGUAAUCGCUUACAGCAAGUUCCACCAGCCUACAAUGUAGCUGCACAGCGCGCUCUAUUGCAUCGAUUAGGUAGAGCUCAUAGUCAUGAGGGCGUUACGUCUUCCAUAAGCAUAUCAUCAGCACCAUUAGGAUUCUAUCAACCCAAUACCGAAGACACUGAUGACGAUGGUGCACAGGUAUCGGCUGUGUAAACAAAUCCAAUCUCAUCAAUCGCUUCUUCUUUUGUCUUUCCAUUUCUACGUGAAACCUAGAUAUUUGUAAAAUUCGUCAACGUACCAUUUUAUUGUGUGAAACGUACACAUAUACCACACUGAUAGUGUGACACUGUAUAAGCCAAAUAUCAAACAAACUACAAACAAAAUAAUAACAUCAACAACAACAAGGAAUUUUCAGCACAAAACCAUUUAACAAAAAAUAACAACAUACAAGCAAUCGAACGUCACUCCUUUUAUAUAAAUGCAUGCAGACUAGAUCAAAAUAAUAACUGUAAUACCGAGCGCAUACUAUAACUGGAACAAAUGCCAAAAUAUAAAUAUCCCUAUUGCCUUCGACUUGUUAUGAACUAUAAUUGAGAAAGAAUUCUUUUUUUUUUGAAAAGACCCUUGUAUCAAAAAUGCAAUUAUUUACUGUAAUUGAGGAUUUAGAACAAACAUACGCCAAAUUGUGUACUAUAUUAUAGUAUAUGAAUUAACUAUUUGGCUUGAUGUUCGACAACAAUAACAAACGAUUUAUAUGCAGUAAAUAAACAUAUUUAUGAACAAAUUUUCUUUAGGUUACAAAUUUUUUUUUUAGCUCUGCGUGUAUUCGAAUCUCAGCUUUCUGUGUUUAAACAAAUAAAAAAGAACGAUUAAAUU